AUGAGUGCAGUCAGGCGUCUCAUAGCAUUCAAUGGAAAGGUAGAAAGCUCUAUCAAAUUUUCCCCGAGUUCCAGCGAGUUGAAGACGGCUUGUACAGAUCUGAUAAACUGCUUUAAUGAUUUGGACAAUGCAGAGCGUUUACGAAGCCUCAAAAGCUUGGGAUAUUUCUGUCUGGACUAUGAAAUUUUGCCGGAGGUGAGAGACCGAUGCCAAUACUGCUUUAGCGAAGUAAUGCACAAAGACUUGCUUGCCAUUGUUAUCCAAGAUCUGCGUCAAAUGCUUUUACAAGUAAAGAAUAGCCAGCUCUCGGAGCAAGGAAGACUGAAAGUGCAAAAUAAACUGGUUCUGAAUCCAAAAAAAGGCCUUGCUUUCGCCGAAGACAAAAUCCGCUCGGAUUGGGCUGAAAAUGGUGGGGAAAGGGCUGUUUCCCUGUUCUAUGCGGUUCUUGGCGAGCUAAGACCAAAAGAUGUGUCGUCCAAUCUGGGGUGGAUAGUUCCUGGUAUUCUCAACUUGAUGGACGACACUUCCGAUUUGGAAGGUAUCAAAUUGCAGGGUGUCGUACUGCUGAAUCACUUUUUAAAAAAAUCUCUGGAUAUCCAGUCCGAACAGCGCUUUGACUUUGCAAGCACUGGUCUUACUACAGUGUUUGAGCCUAUACUGACCUCAAUGUGGUACCAUUUCCCACAGUCCACAGAGCCCGGUCUCACGAAGAAAAUUUGGGGUACGGUGUUCCCAGCUCUUAUGUCACUGUAUCGCGCCGAGUACUUUAGCCGGCCAGAGUUGCUACGCGAAAGUGUUAGUAGAUUUCUAGGUGAGACCUUACUCCAGGUCACCGUUCCACGCAUCUCAGCGGAUUAUAUGGAUUUGACGAUUGACACAGUGAACAGGGUAGGGUCAUGUCUCGACGUCCUGGGCGAAAAAUCCGUGAUACACAUGCAGCGCAUUCUCUAUGUGUUUGGAGAAUACCUUAUUUGCAAUGUUUUCAUCACAGACUUUAGACCGCUUUUACCGAGCGUUUUAGCUGUCCUGACUGGACUUGUGGAAAAGUGUGCGCGCGAUAGAGUCAUCGCUCAUAAAUACAACUUACUGACCUGUGCUUUGGUGAUGUGCGAGAGGUGCUACGCUGAGGAGAAUUCCCAAGAUCCUAAAGUACACCAAAAGUGUCUUCCGCUGAUCAGGAUUUUGAAGGAUAAAGGUGGUGAAUGGACCGAGGACGAAAGCAGACUUGUUACCAGUCGACUUAUGUCAAUGGAUUUGGAAUUAUAA